GCCGCGGGUCGAUCCCCAUCUUCAGCUCUCUGGCUUCUGGCUUGCUGAGCGCGGAGAGCGGGUCUGCCUUGGGACGUCCGGUCGCGGCGGACAUGAUGUCAAGUGAAGACGGUCGGCAGUCCCAUGCUUUAACCAAGCCCACUUUUACUGAGGCACAAGCCUCUGCUCUGGUUGAAUCAGUAUUUGGGUUCAAAGUUUCUAAGAUCCGGCCCCUCCCUAGCUAUGACGACCAAAACUUUCAUGUUCACGUUUCAAGAACCACAGACACUACCGAUGACCCUGCUGUAUAUGUCCUCAAAAUAAGCAACACGGAGUCUAGUCAAACUCCAGACCUGAUUGAAAUGCAGAACCAUAUCAUCAUGUUUCUGAGAGCGGCUGGAUUCCCAACGGCCUCCGUGUGCCAAACUAAAGAGGGCAACACGAUCUCGCUCAUGUCCAUCGACAGUGGAUCUGAAAUCAAAAACUACUUGGUGAGAAUGCUCACUUACCUCCCGGGAAGACCCGUAGCCGAGGUUGCCGUCAGCCACCAGCAAUUAUAUGAGAUAGGAAGGCUAGCUGCCCAGCUGGAUAAAACACUGGAGGAAUUUUGUCAUCCGAAGUUAAAUCUUCUUCAUCGGGAGAACUUCAUCUGGAAUCUGAAAAACAUCCCUCUUCUGGAGAAAUACAUGGGUGCUCUGAGCCAGAACCGAAACCGGGAGAUUGUUGAACAAGUCCUCCAGCUGUUCAAGGAAGAAGUAAUGCCCAAAUUAAGUCAUUUUCGAGAAUGUAUCAAUCAUGGUGAUCUUAACGACCAUAACAUCUUAGUAGACUUCAGCGAGCCAGCCUCUGGAGAUGCUGUGUAUCGAGUCUCUGGGAUUUUAGACUUUGGUGACAUGAGCUAUGGCUACUAUGUGUUUGAAGUGGCAAUCACCAUUAUGUACAUGAUGAUUGAAAGCACAAACCCGAUACAAGUGGGAGGCCACAUCCUUGCAGGGUUUGAAAGCGUGAUCCCUCUGACGGCUGUGGAGAGGAGCGCACUGUUUCUCCUUGUCUGCAGUCGCUUUAGUCAGUCUCUUGUCAUGGCUGAGUACUCCUGCCAGCUGUACCCGGAGAACAGAGAGUACCUCAUGGUUACAGCAAAAACCGGAUGGAAGCAUUUGCAGCAGAUGUUCGACAUGGGCCAGAAGGCCGUAGAAGAAAUCUGGUUUGAAACGGCCAAGUCCUAUGAAUCUGGGAUCUCCAUAUGACCAGAGACAAACUUGUAUUUCCUUGGCAAUCAAAACUCAGUUAGGCCCAGAUCAAAUUCAUGAAAGAUUUUCCUGCAGAAUUAAAAAUGAAAUGGUAAAACAAAUUUAUGCUGAAUAUGAAGAGGCAAAGGAAAGUCUAGUUUUUACAGCAAUCUUAGGACUACCUUUUACACUUAAGAAAGUACUACAUUUAGAACUUCCCUAGUGUGCAAGGCCCUGGGCUUAAUUAACCUCAUCACUGUAGAAGAGAAAAACACACUCACAAGGAAGCAUGUCUUUCUGCAGGCUUUGUCUUUUCUUUCAAUCAAGCAUGAUUAUAUAUGAUUUGUAAUCACUCUCUCUAAGUAUAUUCGAUAACUUUUAAACUAUGAAAGGAAUACAUAUAUAAUAACUAUAUUUAUGUAUUUUAAAUAAUCCACAUAUUUUAAACACCUAGUCUACACAACACUAACUGUAUAAACUCUCCUCUGCUCUCACUUCCCUAGCAUCCCAUGGGAUUCUGUCUUUUCCAUAGCAUUUCACUGUCUUACCUGUUGUACAGUCAUCUAGCCUGUCAAUACGACCAUGGCAGAACCAUGAGACACUUACGUCUGUGUGUCUCUCCUUGCACCUGUGAUAGUGCUUUUCCCACAGAAGAGUCUUUGGACACAUUCACAAAAUGAAUGCAUUGCCAGAGGAAAGAUGCUAUGGUGCCGUAGGGGAAAACACGGGUGGGAGUCAUGGGGAAAACAUUUCAGAACAUUGAGAGAGUAGCUGCAACUGGAACCAGAGGUAGACAUUAGACAACAGUGGAACUGCAUGGAAGCAGACGGAGACAUCCAGGCAAGGCCAUUAAGCCUGACAGCAGCAAGGAUCCUCAGCAGAUGGGUGCUCGCUACACUGCUCAGGCUGGUCUUCCGCUCCUUGGUUCCCACAGUCCUCCUGUUCAGCCUCCCAGUGUAGGCCCCUAGCCCUACACCAGAUGUUUUUCAUUCUCUAUAAUUGAUUGCCUUUUAUAGAAAUCUGUAAAAUUAGUGAAAUGAAGCUCAUUACAUAUUUAAGUUUUACCUCGGUAUUUACUGUUUUUUUCCAUGACUCUCUAAUGUAAGUGGCUAUUUACAUAUUCUUGUAGGGUGGGCUUUUUUUUUCUGUGUUUAGACUGGAUUCCAUUGUGUUGUUCAUGCUGGACUCAAGUUGUAAUCCUGCUUCAUGCAACCAAGCAAUUAGCUGGGACUGUAGGCAUGUCCACCACACUCGGUCCGUAUUUUUGGUUUAACCACGCUUUCUACAGAUGACUCAAGUCAGAACCCUGGCCAUUCACACACCUCAGCAGUGCUUACCUCUCUGUGAGUAGGCCCUGAUACUAUAACUGCUUGUCUGUCUGUCUGCCUGCCUAUCAACCUGUCUGAAUUUCCCAAGCUAGGCAUUUCUCUGAAUUUAUUUGGAAUUCAUUUUUAACUUCUUUUUGUUUUGGCUUCCUUUUUGUAAAAUCAAGGUAAUGGUUGUACCUAUCCCAGAGAGUUAGGGUUAGGGUUUUGUAAGAGAAUAUGACAACCUCUUAGCAUAGACUCCGGAACAUAGUAGAAGCACAAUAAAUAGUUACUAAAUAAUGGAUCAUAUUCCAGGUUACCCAAGCUCAAAAUCCUGGUGUAACACGCUGCUUGCCAUAUCCAGUCAGUGAGCCUUGCUGCUUUAACAAAUCAGAAUCUUAGGUCAACAAUCUGGAGCAGCCCUCUUUCCUGCUUCAUUAGUUGUUCAGUAUAUAUACUAUCACCCAAUGUUUAUUGAACAUUAUUUAAUCCAGAACAGAAUCAUACAGAUAGUCUGAAAAUAGAACCUUUAAAAGCUGAAUUAAUUGACUCAAAAGACAGCCCAGGCUUAGAUCUUAAAUUAGGUCUUUGGAUUGUGACCCCUGCUCCUAAUCACUACAGAAUCCCAUACUUCUUUUGCCUCUCCUCUCCUGUACACACACACCCCCCCCCCCCCCCCCCCCCGGGGGGGGGGGACAGAGACAUCGAGGCAGAGAGACAGAGAGAGACGGAGAGAACAAGAACAAAUGAAAUCAUUCACAUGUGAAACACUUAGGAUUCUCACAUUUAAGAUUUUUGUUUAACUAGGCUAAUCAGGAAACUAGGAAUCAGAAAAAUGGACUGAAACUUCGGCAUACUCCAGACCAGCGUUCAUCCUGUUAUACAGUGGAACCUGCAGUUUCUCUCUGAAUUGGUCUUGCUAACGAGGAUUCCCUUCACUAAAUUCCUAAUGUAAAUAUUGCUGAUUUCUGUUAAAAUAUUAAAUAUAUACUGCACUAUA